AUGGGAAACAUGGGCAGUAGUAGAGCCAACUCCUCUCGCCGGAGACACCGCCAGAGCCACCCUGCUCCGCCCCCACCGGCCCCACCACAGCCCGAAAUCUCCGCCAACCGCUACGUCUUCGCUGCCGCGACGCCGUACCCGGCUCAGUACCCGAACCAAAACCCGGCGCAGUACCCGAACCCGGGAGGGUAUUUCCAGUACCCGAGUUACUACCCGGCGGCGCCGCUGCCGGCGCCGUACGAUCACCACCACCGGGUGCCGCAUCCACAGAUGGACCCGAACUGGGGCGGCGGGAGGUACCGGUGCGGGCCGGUGAUGCAGGUGCCGACGCCGUACGUGGAGCACCAGAAGGCGGUGACGAUAAGGAACGAUGUGAAUUUGAAGAAGGAGUCUUUGAGGGUUGAGCCCGAUGAGGAGAACCCCGGGUGGUUUCUGUUGUCUUUCACUUUUGAUGCCACUGUUGCUGGGAGCAUCACCAUCAUUUUCUUUGCAAAAGAAGGCGAGGGCUGUAACCUGACACCGAUGAAGUUUAGCCUCCUUCCACCUUUGACGGUAUAUUUUCAACAAGGUUUGGGCCAGAAGUUCAAACAACCCCCUGGAACUGGAAUUAACUUCUCAAUGUUUGAUGAGACAGAGUUAAUGAAAGUAGCAGGCUUGGAUGUAUAUCCUCUAGCAGUGAAGGCAGAGGCAUCCCCACCCGAGCAUGAUGGAUCAGAGGGAAACUCUGUAUCUGUAGCAACAAACUCUCAGAUAACUCAGGCUGUAUUUGAGAGGGAGAAAGGUGAAUUCCAGGUGAGGGUUGUCAAGCAGAUUCUUUGGGUGAGUGGGAUGAGGUAUGAACUACAGGAGAUAUAUGGCAUUGGUAAUUCAGUCGAAGAUGACUUGGACAGUAACGACCCAGGAAAAGAAUGUGUCAUUUGCCUGUCUGAACCACGGGACACAACUGUUCUUCCAUGCCGGCACAUGUGUAUGUGCAGUGGGUGUGCCAAGGUUUUGAGAUACCAGACAAACCGAUGCCCGAUUUGCCGACAACCAGUUGAGAGGCUUUUGGAGAUAAAGGUCAACAAUGGUCCAGAGGAAUGAGAGCAUGAGCUCCGCCACUAUCAUUCUGUAAAUAAUCCUUUUUGCUUUUUCCCUUGGUUCUUGUCUGCAAUUCUUUUGCUACUAUCGGCUUUCAGUGAGUUAAAAAAGGUAUGCUGUAUGAAAUUUGCACAGAGAACAUCCUGUGUUGUACCAGCUCCAUAGACAUGGAAUGAUGUAUGAAUUUAGUUACUAGUCUUAAAUAUACGCCGUCCACAGUUGGGCUUGUUUGCUUGUCACAGGGUUUCUGCUGCAGUGCUGCUGAAAGUACUUAUGGAGAAGAUCAAUACAGAUAAUCAUGUGCUAUUUGUGGCAUCAAUUUCAGGUUUCGCCUCUCAGAUGAAAUCGAAAUUUAGGUAUCUGGGGAAAGAGUAGUGACUAGCAAGUAUUAGAGCCAUUUUUCCGUUUUAUGGGUUCUGUAAUUAGGUCUAGUUUCUCGUUAUCCUCAGUUUUCUAGUUCCACAGGUCAGUAGGGA